UUACAAGUAAGUUACACAUCACCAGAAACUUGGGAGACUUUAACAGUGCUUGCUUGAAUGUAACUGAGCAGAGAGAAGGAAGUAGGCUACUCCAAUAUUAUGGCAGACAAAGGACCUAUUUUGACCUCAGUCAUCAUUUUCUACUUGUCCAUCGGAGCCGCGAUAUUUCAAAUUCUCGAAGAGCCUAAUUUGCAAUCGGCUUUAAAAGAUUAUAAUGAUAAAACUGUCAUAUUAUUAAAGAAAUAUCCAUGUUUAAAGAAGGAUGAUCUGGAUGAUAUCAUUAAGGUUAUGGCCGAGGCCGCUGGAAGAGGUGUGACUGUAACAACAGAGAAACAAUUCAACAACUGGAGUUGGGAGAAUGCCGUUAUUUUUGCUGCCACCGUCAUCACUACCAUAGGUUACGGUAAUGUUGCCCCGAAGACAACUGGAGGCCGUAUGUUCUGUAUCCUGUAUGGACUCUGUGGCAUUCCUCUUUGCCUCACCUGGAUAAGUGAGCUGGGUACUUUCUUUGCCGGCAGGGCAAAGCGCCUGAGUCAGGUGCUCCUCCACAGAGGCCUCGCCGUGAAAAAAGUGCAGUUCAUCUGCACUCUUGUAUUCCUUUUAUGGGGUUUCCUGGUUCACUUGAUCAUCCCAGCCUUUGUAUUCAUGACCAUUGAGGACUGGACUUACUUGGAAGGCCUGUAUUUCUCUUUUACCACCAUGACGACUGUUGGUUUCGGUGACUAUGUAGCAGGUGUCAACCCAGAAAACAACUACCCGAAUCUCUACAGAUUCUUUGUGCAGCUAUGGAUCUGCCUGGGUCUUGCCUGGUUGUCACUGUUCUUCAGCUGGAAUGUGCAUAUGGUGGUCGAGGCUCAUAAAGUGCUGAAAAAAAGGAGGAUGAGACGCUACAAGCUGCCCAUUGAUGACGUCCCGGAUAAAAAAGAAGUCAAAAAAGCCCAGAAGCCGCCGGGUCUCAAUGGCGCCAUCGACAUCUUUGAGUUCAUGUCUGAGAAAGUUGAAGACUACACCGAUGUCAUCCAAGCUAUCGGAGCAGCCGAGAGAAAGAAAAAGAAGCAGGAGGAAGAACUGGCACGGUCUAAGAGCUGCAGUGACCUAUUGCAGGGCCUGAUAAUCCCACUCGAUCACUCUCCUCGACUGAAACGGCGGUUCAGCGUCAGUGCGAACAUGCGCAUGGACAUUUCUGGAGAGUUAACGGAUUGCCUCAACAAUAACCAAGAGGAACAGGCAUUACUGAAAAAGCAUCACAGUGUUCAAAAAGACCCUAAGAUUGAUAAAAAGGGAGUUAAGAGAGCUGAGAAGCCUGGACUCUGUUCAUGGGAAACCAGAAAAUCUGACCCAUCAAUCUUUCAGAGCUCUGUUCAAAGCCCUACCGUUACUACCAGUAAUAGGGGUUCGAGAUUCUCAGUGUCCAAAGUCUCAGAAGACCAUUUAGUAGGAAAGAGAAAAAGCAUUGGUUGAAGAAGAGACCGAUCUUCAAUGUCUUCAAAAACAGUUCAGCUCUGCUUUAAAUCUGUAGUGAGGGAACAAGAUUCUCCACGUCUAAAGUAUUGAAGACUAUUUGUUAAAGUGAAAUAGCAUUGGUUGAAGAAAAAGCUUAUUUACAAGGUCUAAAAGACUGAUCUACAAGGUUGUAGAUCGAAAGGUUGAU